AUGCAACGAUCUCCGCCACAGACGACUUCCCAGCAAAUAAAGUUCUCAUCUAAUCCUGAUUUGGCAGAAUCUCUUCGUGGCAAUGAAAACGCCAACGUUAACUUUCGAAAGCGUAAACAGAAUUACGAUGAUAAUCAAGAUGCGAUGUUGGAAAUUAUUGAGAAAAAAAUUGACGAAAAAUUAAAUGCAUGGAAAAGUGAGUUGGAUACAUCUAUAGCUACAACAAUAAAAAACUCAAUGCAAAUUAUUAUAGAACAAGAGAUGGAGAAAAUUUCAUUGUCUUUUAAUAAAAUAUUUAAACACGUUAACGACAGGUUGGACACUAUCGAGACAUCGUUGUGUUUUGCCACGGAUCGUCAGGAUUCCUUUGAUGCUCGCUUGACUGAAGCCGAAAUCAAAUUUAAAGAAAAUACAGGUAUAAGCAGCCAAAUAAGCGAACUUCAAUAUAAGAUGGAUUCCAUGGAGCAACAGGCCCGGCUGUAUAACGUGGAAAUCACUAACUUACCUGAACGUCGGGAUGAAAACCUCAUUGCUAUCCUGGAAAAAAUUGGAAGUGUUAUCAAGUAUCCCAUUGACACCUCAAGUAUUGUAUCAAUUCAUAGAGUUCCUCAUUUUGAUAAGAAAAAUUCUAAACCUAAAAAUAUUAUAGUGAGAUUUACCACCAAAAUCCUUCGCAACAAUUUCAUCACUGCUGCGAAGUUGGCUGGAGCGUUGAAAUCGGACCAGCUAUCCAUAUCCGGAACUGUGCAAAACAUAUUUAUAAACGAACACCUCACCGUCAAAAAUAAGCAAUUGUUUCGGAUGUGUCGUGAAGCUGCAGCUAAGCAUAAAUAUAAGUAUGUAUGGAUCAAAAAUGGAACGAUACUCGUACGACAAACAGAUUCUUCGGCAAUUUUUGCGGUGCGGAAUGAGCAUGACGUCAAGAAAAUUAAAUAA